GGGUAAUCAUAAUCCGGUGCAAAUGGUCUUGCAAAUGCAAAUUUCGGUGCAAGUGCAAAAUAUUUUUGCACCAUAUUCUUAAACAGAAACAAAUUACAUGUGUUUUGCAAAUGCAACACUGUUACGCAAAUGCUACACUCAAACCCUAUUGUAUAUGUGCAAAUUAGUAUUGUAUUUCAAACAGCUGAUUUCUUUUGCAUACAUAUUUGUUUCGGUUUUUGGCGCAUCAGGUAAAAUUUUUGGUAAGAAAAGAAAUUUGAAAGAAUUAACAAUUUAAAACUUAAUAAAACUAUUUACAGCAAUAUGAGCGAUAAGAAAGUGAAAAGGGAGCGACCGAACAAAAAAUGGACAAAUGAAGAAAUCAACAAGCUUCUGGAUUUCUUGGAGGAAGCAGAUGAAAUUGAGGCUCCAACAGCACAAUUUUUUUACAAAAAAUGCAUUGUGGUUAAGGGAAUCGAAGCCACGUGGGACUUGCUGCGGUGGAAGGUACGCCACCUAAAGAGUACUUUUAAAAAAGCGAAUGAUUAUCGCACCUCAACUGGCGCUGGGGUUGAUGAAAUGGAUGUGGGCGUUGGCAGUUUUGAAGAAAAAAUUGUGAAAAUGUGCCCCUAUUACAAUCGCCUAAACAAAAUUUUUGGAGCUAAAUCGCAUGCGCAAAAUAACUUCUGCGCUGUCGACACGGGCAAUGACUUGCUGCUUAUCGCGCCACAGCCGUCAACAAUUUCCCCACCAGUACAUUCACCGCCAAUAGUCUUUCCACCAGCAAUUUCACCGCCAAUAAUAGUCUUUCCACCAGCAAUUUCAUCGGCAAUAGCCUCGCCACCAGCAUUUAAAAAAACAGUCGCUCACGAUCUAUUGGAAAAUGCUACAUUUACACUUUUGCAUAUGCAACGAUGCAUCGGAUUCUGA